ACGCCGCACCAGACCAGACCAAUCGCUCUUCGAUGCCUAUCUGGGCCUGGAAGUUGUUAGCCCCCCCCAAAAAAAGCAGCGCGAUGGCGUUACUCAGGCAAAGCGGAGGUGUCGUUGGCCGUUUGUCCUCGAGGCGCCCGUGGCUGGGAGCGACAAGCGUCUCACACCGCUGCGUCUCCUCCGCGGCUCAGUCCUCUCCGAGUCCGGCUGACAGCAGCAAAGAAAGAGGCCCGCUGGACGCCAGUGACGGCCCCACGCUGCGGGACUUCAUUUCCGGAGAACUGGCCGAGAAAAGCAACUGGGCCGAGUACAAAGGCGACUUGAAGAGGCGCAAGGGCGAAAGGCUUCGGCUGCCUCCGUGGCUGAAGACAGAAAUUCCGAUUGGGAAGAACUACAACCGUCUGAAGAACUCUCUGAGAGAUCUCAACCUCCACACCGUGUGCGAGGAAGCUCGCUGUCCAAACAUCGGCGAAUGCUGGGGAGGAGGAGAGUACGCCACGGCCACGGCCACCAUCAUGCUGAUGGGAGACACGUGCACCCGCGGGUGCCGCUUCUGUUCUGUCAAGACGGCCCGCGCGCCGCCGCCUCUGGACCCCGACGAACCCCGCAACACGGCCAAGGCCAUCGCAGAAUGGGGGCUGGACUACGUGGUGCUCACCUCUGUGGACAGAGACGAUCUUGCCGACGGAGGGGCGGAGCAUUUCGCCAAGACUGUUUCUCACCUGAAGGAAAGGAACCCUCAGAUCCUGGUGGAAUGUCUGACGCCCGAUUUUCGGGGGGACCUCGCGGCGGUGGAGAAGAUCGCCCUGUCGGGUCUGGACGUGUACGCCCACAACGUGGAGACGGUCCGUGAGCUGCAAAGGCACGUCCGAGACCCUCGAGCCAACUUUGACCAGUCCUUGAGCGUUCUGAAGCACGCCAAAAAGGUCAAGCCCACUCUGCUCACCAAGACGUCCAUCAUGCUGGGAUUGGGCGAGACGGCGCAACAAAUCCACGAUACGCUGAGCGAGCUGCGUGAGGCUGCAGUGGACUGUCUGACACUGGGACAGUACAUGCAACCCACCAAGCGCCACCUCAAGGUGGAGGAAUACGUCACUCCGGAGAAGUUUGCACACUGGGAGAAAGUUGGAAACGAGAUGGGUUUUGCGUACACCGCCAGCGGUCCGCUGGUUCGAUCCUCCUACAAAGCGGGCGAGUUCUUCCUGAAGAAUUUGCUCAAGGGAAAAGCGGCAGCUCUUGCCGCAGAAUGAAUUACGAAAAAACCCGGCGGCGCUCUCGGCGUACGUGAACCUGCGCUAAUGCCGCAACGUAUCGCUUCAAGCUGCAGAAAAACGCACGACGCCGCAAUUGCGGCGGCUGCCCACUUUGCACUUCAAGGGCCUCCAUCUAAUCCUGUCGUUCCCAAACUGGUUUUUGGCAGCACCGCCAUUUUGGAGAGGAAAUAAUCCCCCCCCCCCCCCCCCCCC